GAGGCGUAGCCGCACGAGGGAUACGGUAAAGCUGACUGUGUGUGUGUGUGUCUGUGUGUCUGUGUGUCUGUUCCAGCUGUAACUGCUCAACGGUUGCAAUGCGACGAAAACUAACAGUUUCUAUAGGCUUCUAGCCACGUUCUCUUGGAUUUUGAUUCGUGGAUUAGCAAACUAAAGCUUUGUUCUCGAGUUAUGGCUAGUUUGACUCACAUUGAAGGCUGUUGCAGUCUCUUCAGAAUCUUUCAUAGCAUCAUCUGUUCGCACAAACUUUCUAUUCAACACAUGAGUUAGCCUUGCACUAAAGUGCUAGCUUUUUGUUAGCUACAAGAGUCAGAAAAGAUCUGUUAAAACAGCUAGCUAGCUAUAGUAGCCAUUGUGCAUGGACUUGAUCUUUGGACACACCCUUCUUUAAUUAUUCCUGCGGAUGCAAUGCGCAUGCGCGCUCAUCCCCACAUGUUAGAGAAUCCAGUGGCAGAAUCAACUUUCUUGAGGUUCUGGUAUACAGGUAAGCCACAAAACAAAUGAUACCAUAAUUAUAGACUAGAUAAUAAUAGAUUCAUGUACACAAGUCUGGUAACAAUAGAUACAUGUACACAAGUCUUUUCUUCUCAGUAUUAAUAUAGAUAGAUACACACUUUUUGCUUGUUUAUAUACUAUACUGUCUGUGCUUAAAUUCUCAGUGCCUUUGACAAAGGUUUGCUCCCACUGUUUGGCUACAGGCCAUUUAAAUAACAUGCAGUUGCUUCGGUAUCGUUGAUUUAAUUCUGUGAUUGAAUUGUACUUAUCUCACAGGCUAUAUAAUACUGACUAUUAUGCCUUUGACAAAGGUUUGCUCCCACUGUUUGGCUACAGGCCAUUUAAACCCCACAUCCUAACAGAAUCAAUCUUCUUCUUUCUUGCUUCCUUCAGGUCCUGGUAAGCACUAUACGUAUUAAAUAAUGAUACCAUAUACAAUAGUCUAAGAUACCAUGUAUAUAAGUCUGACAGUUAUAGAUAUUAUGCAACUUUUUUAUCAGCAGAUUUUAUUCAAUUUGUUGCUGCAAAAUGAUUAUAAACUUUUUUGAAUUAUGCAAACAAACUUUUCCCUCUUCUAUAACACUCUAUUACUUUUGAGCGAAAGUAAAUCAUGGCGAGAGGCAUUUGCAAGCGCCAGCUUGAGCACUAGUUAUAUUAUCAGUGAAAAACGCGAAAGUUUAUACCCUUAAAGUACCCUAUAUACAUGGUAGGUAUCAACUAGAUUGUAACUUAAUAUCAACUACCGGUAGAUUGUAACUUAAUACCACAAUGUGACCUAGAUUGUAACUUAAUUCCACAAUGUGGUCAUCAACAAUAUGUGACACGGUUCACUAUCAGCCACUUUGGUCAUCAACAAUAUGUGACACGGUUCACUAUCAGCCACUUACGGCUGUACACAACUUUGAGUUCUCCAGACCCAUGAGACUAUUUUAAGUACAGUUCUUUAGGUAAGUAUGUUACUGUUGAUGUGUGCCUUCUCUUAUGUGUUCAUCCUACAUACAUUUACAGGCAAUGCAAGCUCUUCGCUCCAUAUUUGGCCGAGCACAACGAGCAGAUACCCCUGUUGAACCACCACCUUGUGUGCAAGCAUUCUCCACUGAAUCUGAUGGACGCCAUUACUAUUGGAGGGGGGCUGGUCCAGGAGAAAGGUCAACCAUCAUUGCUGUGUACGACUCAAGAACUGAGCAGUGGAGCCUCAAGCCCACCACUGGACCUCCACCCCCUGGAGAGUGGGGUGGUAGCUCUGUUUGUGUAGGUCGUUACCUAUACACUUUUGGUGGUUGGAAUGGGUCUUCUUACGUCAAUGACAUGUAUAAGCUAGAUUUUAGCACUCUCCAGUGGACCAAAAUUCAACCCUCUGAUCCUGAUAGUCAACCUAUUAAAAAAUAUGUCUGUGGACUUGUCAGCGUGGAUAAGAAAACUCUCUGCUGCUUCGGAGGACACGGUAUUGGCCCCACACAUUCAGGACCAACUUUCACCAGGGACACACAAAACCCUAAUGGAAGUGGGUACACAAAUGAGUUCCUUCUUUUUGAUGUGCAAAAUGGUGUCUGGUCGUUCACAGAACUCAAAGGAGAGGUACCUCCUCCCUGUUCUGGCUUCACAUUCACCAAAGUGGACCAGCACAGGGCAGUCCUCUUUGGAGGAAGACAACCUGACAAUAGGGUUAAUGGUGUCUACAUAUUCGACUUUAGGAAUAUGGAGGUCACUAAGGUGGAGCGAGUACAGGGAGAGCCAUUACCAGUGGGGAGGGCAGGCCAUUCUGCCUGUUGUCUCAACUAUGGCGAAGACCAUCCUCAACUACUGGUGUACGGAGGACUGGGUAAUGACAACAACACACUGGGGGACAUGUGGAUACUGGAUGUUGACACUGGCAAAUGGACAGAAGUGACACCUCCAGAGUCAGUGAAACCACGUGUUCUUCACUCCACCACUGCCACCAGUCUGAGACAAGGACUUGCUGAGGUUCUCAUAUUUGGAGGUCGUCAAGAGAAAGAGGGGGAUAACCUUGCAGAGACAACCAUAAUGAGAUUCGAGUCGACUGGACCCACAGCGUCUGGUGCUGCUGGGAAGUGGGAUCUCGUAGAUGUUGCCUACAAUGACACUAGAGGCUCUAGUCAGCGACUGGGAGAGAAAAGGAUCAGGCAAACAACUGCUUGUGCCUCAUCAGUCAAUGAGACCAUCUCUCAAGAUCGGGUGAGGGCUCUGGAACAUCAGCUACAAGCAGCAGAGCAGAGAGAGCAGGACACUCAACGUCGCUGUGAACAACUGUUACACGAGAAGGAUCGAGAAUUGGCUUUAAAAAUUCGGGAAUUAUCUACGAAAGACAACGAAAUAACUAUGAAAGAUCGAGAAAUGGUUAUAAAAGCUCAAGGAUUGACCAAAGCCAACCGUCGCUGUGUAGAUAUGGAGAGACAACUCAGAGAAGUUCAACAAACGGUGCAAGAUGCCAACAGAAGAGAAUCUGACCUAUGUGCUCAAAAUACAGCUCUCAGGAGGGAGUUAGAAGGCAAGACUAGAGAGUUGGUAGCACACAACACAGAGGUGUGGAGGAUUCCGUCAAUCAGAGUGAACACGAUGAGAACAAUUGGCACUGGAGGGUGGGGGGAAGUGCUAGAGGGAACGGUGAGGGUAGCUGUCAAACGACUCUUUGCUGCUAUUGUCAAUCCACGGAAUCUGGAGAGAUUCCAGAGAGAAAUGAGGCUUUUGGCUGAAGUACGACAUCCCAACCUGGUGCAGUUCAUUGGGACAGUGUUUGACCAGUCCCCUCCUCUUAUCAUCACGGAGCUUCUGGACAUUAAUCUCAGACAAGCGUACGAGACGAAUCAACUGGUACCAGGAAACCGCCUCUCGAUCUUCAUCGACAUUGCCCGAGCUUUGGACUACCUGCAUCAGCGCUAUGAGCCCAUCAUCCAUCGUGAUGUAAGUGCUCCCAAUGUCCUCCUCCAGCAAAUCCCCAACCACCAGUGGAAGGGAAAGGUAUCUGACCUCGGCUCAGCCAACUUCCUGCAACACGCUCAGACGAUGGGAGAGGGGGCCAUAAUCUACUCCCCUCCGGAAGUCAUCCCUCAACCAUUUGCACGACCUCCUCCACAAACUGUCAAGAUUGACCUGUAUAGCUACGGCAUUGUGUUGGCUGAAGUGACUGCCAGUCGUUUCCCGAGUCAAGACAAUUUUCCUGACAUGUUUGAGCGAAUUGAGAGAGAGCGUCCUGCAGUGUACGAACUGAUUGUCCACUGCACUAAGAGAGAUCCUAGUGAUCGACCCAGUAUGGUAGAGGUGCUUGUGGAACUAAACAAAAUAGUACCUUUUUAAUUGAGACACUAUUAUCAUGUUAUCUAAAAUAUAGUGUUCAAAAUGUAUAUUGCAUUGAAAUGUAUGUUGUGCAGUAGUUUGCAA